UAGCAAUCAGUGCUGGUGUAAGAUGCUUUGUUGUUAGCAAGUAUAUUAUUAAUGUGUUAAAAUCCACGUGCCGUAAAAGUUUUCUUCUUUGUAUCAACAAAACGAUUUUAGAGUUUUCAACACCACAGACUAAACCAGACGUCUCACAAAAAAUAAUUUUUAAAGCUUAACUUCUGAAGAUUUAUUAAAGAUGAUUUUUAAACUACUGUUUGUGUCAAUGAUAAUAACAAACACAUUAGUUGAAAGUUCAAAAAACAUUACAAAAUGUUCAGAAGCACCACUAAAUGCUUGUGGCCCAUUUGCAAAAUGUAUUGAUCAAUAUCCACGUGAACCUAGGUGUCGAUGUGAUUCUGGAACUUAUGGAAAACCACCAAACUGCAAAUCCUACUGCAACCAAGUUUGUAAAUUCAAUGAAUAUUGUGACACAUUUUACAGAGAAUGUAUCAAAGGUUGCAAAUUUAACGAGAACUGCGAAGAGCAUCAGUUCUGCAAUUUGGAAAUCUCACAGUGCAAAACAGGUUGCCGAUCAAAUGAAAGUUGCAAAAGCGGUCAAAUAUGUAGUUUAAAAACCAGAAAUUGUGAAGAAGGAUGUCAAAUUAAUAGUGAUUGUAAAUUAGAUGAAUUUUGUCAUUUCGAGAGCUAUAAAUGCAGGAAAGGAUGUCGAUCAAAUGAAGAUUGCUUAAAUGGUCUUAAAUGUGAUUUUAAUGGAGUGUGCAAAGAGUUUUGUCUGGAUAAUAAUGAUUGUAAGUCAACUGAAUUCUGCGAUUUUAAGUCAUCGGAGUGCAAAGCAGGUUGCCAAUCUGAUCAAAAUUGUAAACCUGAUGAGUACUGUAAUUUAGGAACUUGUACUUAUGCAGAAUGUCAUCUUGACGCAGAUUGCAAUUCAAAUGAAUAUUGCAACUUCGAUAAGAAAUGUUUGGAAGGUUGUCGAUAUGAUUCUUGUAAUUUUGGCUUCUAUUGCAACUAUUCCGAUAAAAAGUGCGUGAAAGAAAUUGCGAUCCCUUCAUUUAUGGGCCCGAUAUUUAAAAUUUGCCCCGAAUUUUGCAAGUUUGAUGAAUAUUGUGACACAAAUACUGGAAACUGUACAAAAGGAUGUAGUUGGAGUAACAGUUGCAGCGAUGGAUUAGUUUGUAAUCAACAAAUUCAUAAAUGCACUGAAGGAUGUAAAUCAGAUGAAUAUUGCGCUGAAAAUAUGUUUUGUAGUAAUAUUAAUAGUCAAUGCACAGUUGGAUGUAGAGGUGACUACAACUGUCAAGCAAAAGAAAUAUGUGACUUAAAUCAUAGAUGCGUUCCUGGAUGCAUUUCUAAUAGUCAUUGUAACUUGGAUGAAUUUUGUAAUGAACGGGUAUGUGAGAAAAAUUGUGUAACAUCACCGUGUGGAGAGAAUUCGAAAUGCUCAGCAGGACUUCACGAAGAAUUAUGUUCAUGUCUUGAUGGAUUCUUUUCCAAAAAAGGAAUUGGCUGCAUCCAAAGCCAAAUAGUUGAUGAAACUGAACAAUUUGAAUGUUCAGAUUUUUGUGGUGCUAACUCCAAGUGUAUAGCUGCUGACAAUGAAAUUUUUUGCUUCUGUCCAAAACCAAGCAUUGGCAAUCCAUACACUGGAUGCCAAUCUGGCUCUGGUGCUUAUGGAGGUAGCAUAAAACCGACUGGAGAAACAUCGUUAUCUGCAGCAUGUAUUGCUUCUCUUUGUGUAGGAUGAAUCUUAAAAAUAAUAAAACUAACGUUUGUC